AGAGGGUGUGCUGUUACUGAGGCCAGCUUUUCCAUCUCUGCCCCAGAGCAUAAGAUAUCAUCUAUCCCUCAGUCCUAUAGGCACAACAGCCAGGCUAUUAAGGAUUCACCCAGUUUCUGCCAGAACUGCUUCCCCAACUCCUCUAGCUCAAUUUGUGUCCAGGACAAUAAGCUGCCUGCUCAGUUACAUUAGAUUGACUCACAGAAUUUUCUUCUGGUCCUAUAUUUUAUCUAUGAUUCAUCUUAUGAGUAACCACUGGAUAUGGCCCUGAGAAACCUCUUCUUCUGCUUGAUGGCUACAACUUCCUGGACUAUCUUGAUUCUAAAGGGUGAACCAGUAAUUGUCCCAUAUGAAACAGUUUCUACUGAAGUUGAGAAUAUCCAGGAAGAAAUAGUAGACAAACACAACGCCCUUAGGAGGGGAGUAAUUCCCAAAGCCAGAAACAUGCUGAAAAUGGAAUGGAAUGAAAAUGCUGCACAAAAUGCCAGAAAUUGGUCAACAGAGUGUAAGAAGAACCAUAGUCCCCAAUUCAAAAGGAGAGUUACAGACAGUUCAUGUGGGGAAAAUUUGUUGUUUGCCUCUCAUCCUCUAUCAUGGUCAGAUGUAAUCCAAAUGUGGUAUGAUGAGUCAAAAAACUUCACAUACGGGUUUGGACCAACAAAACCAGGAUCAGUGGUUGGCCACUAUACUCAGACUGUUUGGUCCACUUCGUAUAUGAUUGGCUGUGGUGUCGCUCAUUGCCCCAAUCAGAAGACAUUUAAAUACUUCUACACAUGCCACUAUUGUCAUGGAUCUAGAAAAAAUAAUAACAAAAUAUAUCUGGAAGAACAGAAGGUGAAGAAUUUCAAGAUCAAACAAAUAAAAAAUCCCAUAAAACAAAUUUCUAAAUAGGGGCAAAAAGAGGAAGAAGAGGGAGAAUCUCACCAAAAAAAAUCAACACAUUUAACAAUUCAGAUCUUUCAUUUAGGACCAUACAUCUGUGGACUGCAAGGACAAGAGCUUUCUUUCAUAUCUCUUCUUUGGGGAUUUUUCUUUAUACUUUUGCAACAUUCAGUUUAUAGUUUUUUAUUUGCAUUUUUAUAUUAAUUGAAUAUAUCAUUUUUCUGGCUCAUCUCAUUUCAUUUUCUAUCUGUCUUUGUAAGUCUUUCUAUGAUUCUCUAUAGUCAUAUUUAUCAUGUCUUAUAGAAGAAUAAUGUUAUAUAAUAUUCAUAUACAAUAAUUUGUUUUGCCAUUCUUUGAUAACAGGAUAUCUACUUUGUUUUAAUUUCUGUGUUAAUACAAAAAAAGUUCUAUUAUACAUAAUUUGGCAUAUCUUGAGCUUUUUAAGUUGUAAAUUACUCCCCAGGAAUAAAUGCUUUCCAAAUCAAUAUUUUGGCCAACGUGUAUAGUUUCUAACCAUUUUAUUUACAUAAUUCUUAAUUGUUUUCCAGAAUGAUUGUAUGAUUUCACAACUCCAUCAGCAAUGAAUUUCUAUACCAAUAUUUUUCCCUUUUAAAAAUAUUUGCUGAUUUAUUAGGUAUGAGGUAAAAAUCUCAGGAUUGUUUUGAUAUGCAUUCUUUUAUUUCUGAUUUAAAGCAUUCUUUCAUAAGGUUAUUAGUAGUUCAUAAUACUUCAUUUAAAGCCAUCAUUUAUAUCCUUUUAUCAGUUAUUUGGGAAUGGCUUUUAGUCUUAUACAUACAUACAUAUAUACAUAAUUCCCUAUGUGUAUUGGAUUAAAAAUACUUAUUAAAGAAAUUUGAAACAGA